CACCAUCAUAAAAUUUCUUGACCUUGCUCCAGUAGCAGCAUCCUUUGUGCCCAUCUCUCCAAAAUGGAAGAUCCUCGUCCUGACUACAAGGCGAUCUUCACUCAGAUCACCGUCAAUCUCUCCAACACACUGACUACAUUCGGUCCUCGUUCACCACAAUACAAGUGUGUUGUGGAGAUGCUCAAGGAGUUUAUGAGACGUGUGGAGAAGGAUAUGAAUGAGCGCAAUCGUCGCGAGCUUGAUCCGGAUAUGUUGAGCACUGCUAUGGAGUUCUUGAAGAUUGGGGAGGAGAGAUGACUUGGACUAUGAGACGGGAUAGAGGGGUUGGAUUGCUGGUUGUCGGUAUGAAAACUGAUGACCUUUUGACUCGAGUCUUUUGACAAGCGUGUUGCAUGGCUGUUUUGGCCGGAAGUGCCUUCAUGUAUUAUGCUACGAUGUUUAACGAAU